CGUCGAGGGCACGAUGGUGACAAUGGUUCGCUAAUGGCCCGAUUAGAGGGUAAGCGUGCGUGGUUAGGCGUAAGUGUAUGCACAAAAGGGGCAGAAUCAGGAGACCGGGGACUGCUAAUCAAGAGAAUCGUGGAGGGCAGCGGAAGGGCGGCAGGCGCGCUUCUAUAUAAUCAGGGCCGGAAAUUAAUUUAGCGGCUCGACUGCGACUGCCAGUGGCCAGUGGAGUGAUGGCGCGAGCCCAGGUCCGAGGUGAGGGUGAGGGGCACCUUUGACCGAAAGUUCGCUUCGUGCGUUCGCUCCUUGGCGCUGCUGCCCGCAGGCAGAGGCAGGUGGGCACGCACGCAGCUUCAAUGCUCGCAUGCGCUCUCUCAUUUGGCCCGCUUGCUGCCUAGAUCCGGGGCUGGGCAGAGAGGGCCAGCAGCAGCAGCAGCAGCACCAUCACCAGCACCAUCCGGCCAUCGAGAGCAGCAGGCCGAGUUGGGUUUGGGUUCAUCGACGAGGUACGGUGAGGGGAUGCGAGGUAAAGUGAAUCGAGGUCAGGAGCAGGUAUCCGGAUCCGAGCCUCGUUGCUGUCAGGAGGAAGGGCAUUUCGAAAUCUGCGUAGAGUCGUGGAGGGACGAUUGGAACCGGGUCAGGGAGAUGCAGCACAGGUUCUUUGGGUGAGACUUGUGGGAAAUUCUGGUCGGGCGGGGGCGGAUCUGGAUCGAUUGAUUGGUCGGUCGAUUCGUUGAUAUGAUAGAUUGACGCAGGGGCCAUCUUCGCGUGUCUGGGAAGGACAGAGAGAGGGAGAGGGAGUGAGCGACAGAGGGAGAGUGGGGUGGAGCGAUUGGAUUCCAUAUCCAUUCGCUUGCGCUUCGCGCUAUCAGAUCUGUCCUUCCUCUUCUCUUCGCAGAGUUUGAUGCUGCUGCCUGUUCGGAUUUUUGGUGCCCUGUCGUGUCGUGCCGGAAGGGGUUGCUCGGAAGUCGCUGGCAAUGCUGAGGUCUGGAUCGUCGAGAGCCUUUCAUGAUCCACGAAUGUGACACAUUUCUUGAAGGUUGCUCGAAGGCGCGGCUCAUAAGAGCUGCGGAAAGACGAGCUGUGAUUUCAACCUUUCCCUGCGACUCAGCGGAUGCUCUGGACUGUCUGCAGCUGAUGUGGAACGAGUGGAGAGGAGUAGACGUGCAGGACUAGGGUUUUCUCGGCAGCUAUGAGGACUUCCCAUCCCCGGUCUCUACCAGAAAAUCGACAUUUCGUGUUGUAGGACGGGGAGAAGGUCUUUAUUGGUUGACUUUUCCCAUAGAUCGAGAAUCUUUACUCGGAGUGGACUGUGGAAAGCUUCGACUGCCCGCAACUGGCAGCUCAAUUAGAACUCUUCGGAACAUGUUACUACACGCUCUCCGAUGAUAGACUGACCUACAUACCCAUCGUGUAUCUGACGCUCCAGACUUUUCAGACGGUGUCGAGUCUGGAGCCCGCUUGCGAGAAUCAUCAGAGCUCCAGAAUUCGAACAGAUUUUUCAGUCUGACCAUUGUAGGGGUCAGGUGAAUUUUAGCCUGGACUCUUUGGCCAAUGAACACUGCCGUCUUGUUCAUUCGUCGUCCCAGCGAAACCCAUUGUUUAAUUUCCCGGUCAAUGUAGCUUGAUUUCGCAUACAGGUUAUGUACGUGAAUCACAGGUUAAAAAUUUAGUAGUUGCAAGGGGGUUAUCAGCAAGAAAAGAUGGAAAAUGGCAGUAAUCCCCACGAGGGUAUUCCAAUGCAAGAAAAUGGAGCUAGAACGUCCUCAGCAAGUGCGUCCGAAAUGACAGCUGUCGAUCUUUCAUCACCAACUCAUGCUCGGGCAACCCCUGUCGUUACUCCUGGAGCCAGCGGCUCCCCUCCUCGGGCAAGCACACCUACUUCCUCCCGGGCUCGCUUUCCUACUCCUCCACAGGUUAUCCAUCCUCGGUUGCCCGUCAUAAAAGCGCACAAGGUUAUUGAUCAGAGGGAUGAUAAUGGAGAGGAGCUAACACCAACCCAUGGAGCCUUUGAGCGGGUCCAGCGAGAGUCGAAGCUGGAGCUCUUUGAGGUGGAUCCACUUGUUGAUGUCAGGGGUCUCAAGAGCAUGGGAGGGCAACAACCACCAGCAAGUGCCGAAGAUGGCGAGGAUGUCGCUAUAACUCUUGGGAGACCAAGGGAUCCAGACGAUGUCACUGGUUCUUACAUUUCGCUUGUGCAGCCAAGGAGCGCAAAGCUUGGAACUCUUAUGGGAGUAUUCAUACCAUGUCUUCAAAACAUUCUCGGAAUUAUUUUCUACAUUCGUUUUUCCUGGAUAGUAGGUAUUGCAGGGGUUUGGCAGAGUCUUUUGUUAGUCUCCCUGUGUUGCUUCUGUACCUUCUUAACGGGGCUAUCUCUGAGUGCAAUAGCUACAAAUGGAGCUAUGAAGGGUGGUGGCCCGUACUACCUCAUUGGGCGUGCUCUCGGUCCAGAAGUUGGUGUCAGCAUUGGCCUGUGUUUCUUUCUUGGCAAUGCUGUUGCAGGAUCUUUGUACGUUUUAGGAGCUGUGGAGACGUUUUUAGAUGCUAUUCCAGGAGCUGGCAUGUUCAAACAACAUGUCACAGAGCUGGCAUCGUCGUCGUUAUCACCAACAUCUCAAGUACCAGAGAUUUUGAAAAAUCCUAGUCUACACGAUCUGCAAGUGUACGGUGUCAUUGUGACUGUAAUAUUGUGCCUCAUUGUAUUUGGUGGAGUGAAGAUCAUCAACAAAGUGGGACCAACGUUUCUCAUUCCUGUACUCGUCUCGGUGGUUCUCAUCUUCGUUGGAAUCUUUACAGCUCAUCGCAUCGACGAUAAUCCGGGAGUCACAGGUUUAAGAUACAGCACACUUACGGAGAAUUGGGGAUCCCAGUAUCAACGCACAGAUCGGGCCGGUAUACCAUCACCGACCGGUUCGAUUUAUUGGAAUUUUGAUGGACUACUGGGUCUGUUUUUUCCUGCUGUGACGGGAAUCAUGGCUGGGUCCAACCGCUCAGCUUCUUUGAAAGAUACUCAGCGUUCUAUUCCAGUCGGAACCCUUGCUGCUAUUGCUUCCACAACAGUUUUGUAUCUGGUCUCUAUAUUCAUGUUCGGAGCUGUUGCAACGAGGGAAGAACUUUUGACAGAUCGAUUGCUUACUGCAACGCUGGCUUGGCCAAUACCUGCAGUUGUGCAAAUUGGCAUCAUUUUGUCUACCCUUGGAGCAGCCUUACAAAGUCUUACAGGAGCUCCACGUCUUCUUGCAGCUAUUGCUAAUGAUGACAUACUGCCAGUUUUGAAAUACUUCAAGGCACCUGAUGGCACAGAACCACAUCUGGCAACACUUUUUACUAUGCUUAUCUGUGCUGGCUGUGUCAUUCUUGGGGAUCUUGAUCUGGUUACUCCAGUGAUCACUAUGUUCUUUCUCUUGUGCUACUGUGGAGUUAACUUGUCUUGCCUCCUCCUUGACCUGCUGGAUGCUCCGAGUUGGCGACCUCGGUGGAAGUAUCAUCAUUGGUUUUUAUCCCUUAUGGGAGCUGUCGUCUGUAUAGCAAUUAUGUUCUUGAUCUCGUGGAUCUUCACCAUUAUUUCACUCCUCUUGGCUAGUCUCAUUUAUUGGUAUGUGAGUAUCAAAGGCAAAGGUGGUGACUGGGGAGAUGGUUUCAAGAGUGCCUACUUUCAACUUGCUCUUCGGAGUCUACGUUCUCUUGGUGCCACUCAAGUUCACCCCAAGAACUGGUACCCUAUUCCUCUGAUUUUCUGUAAGCCUUGGGGAAUACUUCCUCCAGAUGUGCCUUGUCAUCCAAAGCUUGCAGACUUUGCUAAUUGCAUGAAGAAGAAGGGACGAGGAAUGUCGAUAUUUGUAUCAAUAAUGGAGGGAGAUUAUAAGGAGAAGGCAGAUGAUGCCCGUCAGGCAUGCAGGCUUUUGAGCACGUAUAUUGAUUACAAAAAUUGUGAAGGGGUUGCCGAGGUCAUGGUUGCUGUCAACAUGUGGGAAGGUUUCCGUGGCAUUGUGCAAACCAUGGGUCUUGGAAACUUGAAGCCGAAUAUCGUAUGCAUGCGUUAUCCAGAGAUAUGGAGAGAGCAAAGACAUAGUGAAAUUCCAGAAAACUUUGUGCGGAUCAUUAACGACUGCUCUACUGCGAACAAAGCAGUAGUCAUCGUGAAAGGUCUUGAUGAGUGGCCAGGGGAGUUUCAGAAGCAGUAUGGAACAAUUGAUCUGUACUGGAUUGUCCGAGACGGUGGUCUUAUGCUGCUUCUCUCCCAGUUGCUACGUGCAAAGGACAGUUUUGAGAGCUGCAAAAUUCAAGUCUUCUGCAUCGCCGAAGAAGAUACAGAAGCAGAGGAGCUGAAAGCGGAUGUGAAGAAAUUUUUGUACGAUUUGCGAAUGUUGGCGGAGGUAAUUGUCGUGACCAUGAAAUCGUGGGAAGCCCAUCAAGAAGACCAAGAAACCACGGAGACUGGGACUGAAGAUGCUAUGGAGGCAUUUGCUCAAGCAAGAAAACGCAUCGCCACUCGGGCAGAAGCUCAGAGGGCUAUGGCCAGAGAUCAAAAUAUCUCGGAAAGUGUUCCCUACAAUGAGGAGAAGGUGACCAAGUUUUUGUACACGACUUUGAAAUUGAAUUCCAUAAUAUUGAGGUACUCAAGGAUGGCUGCGGUGGUGUUAGUUAGUCUUCCGCCACCCCCUCGACAUCAUCCUGCUUACUGCUACAUGGAGUACAUGGAUCUUCUAGUGGACAGCAUACCGAGACUGCUCAUGGUUCGCGGAUAUAGAAGAGAUGUUGUAACCAUUUUUACUUGAGUUAGUAGUAUAUCAGGGCAUUACAUAAUGCUUGUACACAGCCAUUAAUUUGCUAAGGUCAGGUACAGAUAAACUUGGAGAGGUACUUAGAUCCAUGUCAGAGCUAGGAUCAGGACUCAAUUCUCAGCUCAGGUACAUGCUAUACUGAAAGAAUCAUCACAGAAAAUCUUCUGGUUCCACCUUGGUCGUAGCUAUCUUCUGGCUCCUCUCCUGAAGCAGGCGCCUCCAUCCCACACAUGGGUGUAUACUCCUGUAGAUGUAUUGAACAUUCUUUUUCAUCCAGUCAUUGGAUUGAUAUGACAUCCGUAGCAGAUUCUGACUAGAUGGUCGUACGAGGAAUAGUCAAUGGUGUCGAUUGGGUUGCAAAUUGGGAUAUGUUUGCAAGCUUCAUCUGCAUAACUAGAAUCAUUGCCACUAGUAUGAGGGUCAGAAGGAAUGGGAUAGUAGCGCAUCUGACAUUGCGAACAAUCGAGCAUAUUUUGUCUCGGUUGUUUCUUGAGGAAGAGCCCAUGUUGAAGUAAACUUAGUUCAAAGUUUCAACUUUCUGGCCUCUUUGUUGAACUGGUGGGGCUCGGUGGAAGUCAUGGUAGCAUAUAUCUGAAGUCCUUUUUUAAGACAGGGUUCAGUUUGGCAGAAUACUGGACGGAGUUGAGGAUAAUGUCAGGUGACUUAUUUUGUACAUUUUGUGGCGAGAUGGAACCUUUUGUGAUGCCCAAUGAUAAUCACAAAUGUCUGAAGGCAGGAAAGCUCACUACGGAUUUGCUUGUAGCACGCAGAGCCAUUUCUGAAUAACAGAAUAUCCUUCUCCCGGUUUUGAAGCCACUUCUACCCUUAGGUAAGGACGCCAGUUGCUCCGAUCGAAGUCCUUGGGAACCAAAGUUUAUUUGCUAGGACUGGAAACCUUAAAGGUAUGUUCAGUUUUCCUGUACUUGGUAGCUGUCUAAUACUGGCUCUUUGACAAUGG